GCUCAGAAUCGUUGCAUACAUCAAUAGAAUGAAUCCGUCUAGUUCAUUGGCCCUAAUACUGCUCAUUCUUACACGAAAGGAAACACUUGCGUUGCAAUCAAUACCAAGUGAAGGGCUAUUGAGACCCUCGGCAGAGUUGUUGUCGAGAAGGACGCUAAUUUCAUCCGUGGCUUCUACCGCAAUUCUUUUCACUUCAACUAUAUCGUAUGCGGAAACCAACGACAGGAGCGAUUUGCUCAGAGCCAUAUCUCGAAAAGCCUCUGACGAGGAGGUGAUCGGCAUCAUUGAAAACCUACAAGACCCCUCGGGAGGGAAAGCAACAUUUUAUCCUGAUCGUUUAGAAGGACAAUGGGAACUGAUUUGGUCGUACAAGGCAGAAGCAUUUUCUCCACUACUCAAACUUCCCGAGCCUUUCCGACCAGAAUCCUAUCAGUAUCUUGGAUCGGCGGCGGCACAAGAAGUCGGGGAUGGCCGGAUUGCGCAAGGCUUGACAGGUGGUAUUCUAGGGAAAAGCCAACUCUGGCUCAGCUCCGGAGCUGUUCCUUUUGAAGACGACCCUUCCGUUCUCGAAAUCCAACCGCCGUUUCGGUUCCAGCUUGGCGGAAAAUACGGUAGCGGUGUUCCCAAGAAAAUGAUUGUCGAAUCCGGGAGUGACGCCGAGUUUCGACAAGUCAAUGGACGAUCAAAAGAAGAACAGGCAGCCGGUAAAAACCAGUACCAGCAAAUGUAUUUGGAGAACAUUGGUCCCGGUUCCUUACGCGUGUCCAGCGUAAUUGCGGGUGACCCGGUCAUUGUUGGAGAAAUCUUUGUCCACCGAAAACUGUAAGGAAG